AUGUUACAUGAAGGACACCCGGGUAUCGUAAAAAUGAAAUCCCUGGCCAGGAGCUAUGUCUGGUGGUCAGGGAUGGACAAAGACAUUGAGACAUGGGUGGGAACAUGCACUAAAUGCCAAAAGUCCAGACCUACCACCCCUCCAGCACCGGUCUUCGACUGGGAGACACCCAGAGGCCCCUGGUCGAGGAUCCAUAUAGAUUUCGCCAGACCCACAAAAGGAUAUACAUUUUUAAUCAUUGUCGACGCCUACUCAAAUUGGCUGGAGGUCAGUGUCAUGAAUUCCACGACGACUGAAGUUGUCACCAAACAACUAAAAAAGCUUUUUGCAAUGCAUGGGUUACCGGACUUGUUGGUCUCGGACAACGGCCCGCAGUUCACAGCCUUGGCAUUUGAACAAUUCCUCGCUGAACAGGGCAUACGGCAUGCCCUAACAGCGCCCGCUUACCCGGCUUCAAACGGAUGGGCAGAACGCAUGGUUCAAUAUACGAAAGAGGCAUUAGACAAACUAUACACGGGUGACAUCCAAGACAAAAUCAAUAAAAUGCUAACCAUCCAACAUAUAACACCGAGCACAUCGACUAACAAGAGCCCAGCUGAACUUCUGAUGGGCAGAAAACUGCGGUCACAUUUGGAUAGAUUGCACCCCACCUACAACCCUGAAAAGCCAACAGACUCCUCCAGUAAGUACCGCACAUUUAUACCAGGGGACCUUGUAUACGCAAAGAAUCUUACUGGGGACCCAUUGUGGCUACCGGCUACAAUAACGCAAAUAACGGGACCCCGGUCAUACCAACUAGAAACGGAGGACGGAAGAACCUGGAAGAGACACAUAGACCAACUACGGUCUAGAACAUUAGAACGAAACACCGACAACCCUCGACAUAUAGAACAUACACAAACACCACAUCAAAUAGACAAUAAUAAAACUAGAGUGGGGGGAACCCUCAAACAAUAA